CACCAGCGGGCAGUUAGUGAGAGAGGAGCAGCACGCGCCAGGGGGUUGUUACUGCUCAGAAAAUGAAUGAAGGACCAAGAUUGGAUUCUUCUUUCUGGGUUUCAGGAGGUGUUUUCUCAGGACAUUGGCACCAGUAGCCCACUGGUUAUCGUGAUUAUGGAGAAUUUGGAGGAGGAUUUGACAUGCUCCGUAUGUUAUUCCCUCUUUAACGAUCCACGAGUACUACCCUGCUCCCACACCUUCUGCAAAGCAUGUCUGGACAAUGUGCUCCAACUCUCCACUAAUUUCUCUAUCUGGCGGCCACUUCGCCUGCCGCUCAAGUGUCCCAAUUGCCGUAGCAUGGUGGAACUCCCACCUAACGGUGUAGAAGCUCUGCCAGUUAAUGUCUGUCUGCGUGCCAUCAUAGAGAAGUACCAGCAUGAUAAUGAGCCCAGAGUUCCAUCUUGCCCUGAACACCAUCGCCAGCCUCUGAAUGUCUACUGCGUUCAGGACUGCAAGCUCAUAUGCGGCUUGUGCCUCACUAUCGGGCAGCAUCAAGGCCACACCAUUGAUGAUCUGCAGACCGCGUACAUUAAAGAGCGCAACACUCCAGCCAAACUAGUCGAGCGGCUCACGGACAGGCACUGGGAAGAAGUCUGUGGCCUGGUGGACAAGUUAGAACAGGAAAAAUCUCGACAGGAAAGACUGAUAAAGCAAGACCGCGAAGCCGUUAUACAGUACUUCCAAGGCUUGGAGCUGCUUCUUGAGCAAAAGAAGGAGGCGUUCAUGAAGGUUCUGGACAAUGCCAACAAACAGCUGACCUGUGCUUAUAAGCCACUUAUCGAGAAGCUUAAGUAUAUGAAAGAGGAGCAGUUAGAGAUCAUCUCCAUCAUCUCAAGCAUCAGCGAAGAUGAAUCAGCCCUUGUUUUCCUGGAGAUGGUGCACCACUUGCGGGAGAGGGUCGACAUCUUGACUCAGACGGAGCUGCCCGAUGCUCCCGCCCUUCACAUUUCACCCUGUUUAGAGGAGUUCCUUGAGGAACACUGGGCUAAAGUGACAAUUGGAGGCCUGGAAGAUGGUCCAGUUCCAGAAAUCUCAUGUGAUGUGAAGAGACCACUGGAGCCAGAGGCAGCAAUAUCUCAGAAGUGUACAUUCAAGUCAUUGAUUAUUGUGACUUUUCUAAUAGUGCUGCUGUUUUUUCUGUUUUUCUGGUCAAAUCUACUGUGUGGAGCUUCAUUUGAGUUCUCCAGUCUCCCACAGAUUAGUCAAAUAGUCUCAAGUCUGGCUGGUGAACUUUCUUUUCCAGUUCAUGGCUCAGGGAACUUUCUGUACUGCCUGCUUCAUGAUCUUGGUCUUAAUAUCAAUUCUUAUAUUUCAGCUGUAGGAGAGAGCACCAUUCAACACGUGGCCGCCUUUUUUAAAACAUUACGGUUAUGCUAAGUCACCGUGCAACCAGAAGCCGUAAGCUGUGCUGUUUAACUUGGACAUUUACAUGUGCAUCAAGCUAAGAAGAAAGCUUCAGUCAUGCACGACUAGUAAGCGUAACAGAGCACAGCUUGCUGCAAACCAUGUUGUAGCAGUUCAUGUUCUUCUUUUAGUGAAGAAAGAGCAACAGUAAGGAUCUAAUUCACCUGAAAUUAUAUCAGGCAGUUUUGAGGAUUUUGUGUUUUUGCUGAUAAAUUAUCUACUAUAAAUAAUA